AAGGAAGGAGAAGGAAGAGGGCGUGUUUUACGCCCGGCUCGCUCACUCUGUGUGACGUCAAGCCAGCAUGGCGGUCAAGGUGCAAUCUACUAAACGUGGGGACCCAAGUGAGCUGAAAACAAUCUUCCAGAGGCAUGCCAGCGUUGUGGACAAGGAUGGAGAGAGGUUCAUGACCCCAGGAGACUUUGUACAAAAGUAUCUAGGACUACACACACAGAUCCACCACAACCCCAAAACUGUACAGCUCAUCGCUGCUGUGGCUGACACCACAAAGGAUGGGCUGAUCUCUUUCCAGGAGUUUCUUGCGUUUGAAUCGGUGCUGUGCGCACCGGACGCACUCUUCAUUGUUGCCUUCCAGCUGUUUGACAAGAAUGGAACUGGAAAUAUAUCUUUUGAAAAUGUGCGCGACAUUUUCAGCCAGACCACCGUGCACCACCAUAUUCCCUUCAGCUGGGACUGUGAGUUCAUUCGUCUGCACUUUGGGCAUGACUGCAAGAAAUUCCUCAGCUACCUUGAGUUUACUCAGUUCCUACAGGAGCUACAGUUGGAGCAUGCACGCCAGGCAUUUGCCCAGAAGGACAAGGAGAAGAAUGGCGUCAUCUCUGCCAUGGACUUUAGUGACAUCAUGGCCACCAUCAGACACCAUAUGCUCACACCCUUUGUGGAGGAAAACCUUGUCUCAGCUGCAGGUGGCAGCACAUCUCACAUGGUCAGUUUCUCUUACUUUAAUGCGUUUAACUCCCUCCUGAACAACAUGGAGCUGAUCCGUAAGAUCUACAGCACGCUGGCGGGCACACGGAAUGACACCCUUGUGACCAAAGAGGAGUUUGUUCAUGCUGCCAACAAGUUUGGUCAAAUCACUCCCAUGGAAAUUGACAUCCUGUACCAGCUUUCAGGCCUGCACUCUCCCUCUGGGCGCCUCAACCUCACUGACAUUGAGAGGAUAGCUCCAUUAGAGGAAGGAUCUCUACCACACCACCUGGUUGAAAGUCAAAAACAGGCCCAUGGGGACGGCUCCAGGUCUGUGUGGCUCCAAAUUGCUGAGUCGGGCUAUAGGUUCUUUUUGGGCUCCAUCGCUGGAGCCACGGGAGCGACAGCGGUGUACCCCAUUGACUUGGUGAAAACCCGUAUGCAGAAUCAGAGGUCCACGGGAUCCUUUGUCGGGGAGCUGAUGUACAAGAACAGCUUUGACUGUGCUAGGAAGGUUCUUCGCUACGAGGGAUUCUUUGGUUUCUACAGAGGUCUGGUUCCUCAGCUUAUAGGUGUGGCGCCUGAGAAGGCUAUCAAGCUCACAGUAAAUGACUUUGUAAGAGACAAGUUCACAGACAAAGACAACUCCAUUCCUUUACUCGCUGAGAUUAUGGCUGGUGGCUGUGCUGGAGGUUCUCAGGUGAUCUUUACUAACCCUCUAGAGAUUGUGAAGAUUCGCCUGCAGGUGGCAGGUGAGAUCACAACUGGACCUCGAGUCAGCGCACUCAGCGUGGUCCGUGAUCUGGGCUUUUUCGGCCUCUACAAGGGUGCUAAAGCGUGUUUCAUGAGAGACAUCCCAUUCUCGGCCAUCUAUUUCCCUGUGUAUGCCCACACCAAGACCCUAUUUACAGAUGACCAGGGCCACCUAGGUCCUCUGCAGCUUCUCUCAGCUGGAGCGAUUGCAGGUAUCCCUGCUGCUUCUCUUGUAACUCCCGCUGAUGUCAUCAAGACCCGUCUGCAAGUAGCAGCCAGGGCAGGACAGACCACUUACACAGGAGUCAUCGAUUGUUUUAGGAAGAUAAUGAAAGAGGAAGGAUUCAAGGCUUUGUGGAAAGGCGCUGGAGCCCGUAUGUGCCGGUCAUCUCCUCAGUUUGGUGUGACUCUGGUGACUUAUGAGCUAUUGCAGAGGUGGUUCUAUGUCGACUUUGGAGGACACCGUCCAGCAGGAUCUGAGCCCACACCCAAGUCCCGUAUCCCAGAGCUUCCACCCAUCCACGCAGACCACGUCGGAGGUUACCGCCUGGCUGCAGCCACCUUUGCUGGGGUGGAGAACAAGUUUGGCCUCCACCUCCCCAAAUUCAAAUCCUCCGGUGUGGUUUCCAUACAUCAUGCAGAGCCAGCCACUGGCAAACCAGUGCAGGCUCCAUAAAGGGGCCACUAACAAACAACACCAGCCUGGUCCUCCAUGCAGGCUGAAGGUGUGCUCCAUGGGUCCACAGCCAGCCAUUGGAGAGCGACGGGACCAGAGCGUUGACUGUUGUAUCUCGAGUGGCUGUUCACUCCUUACAUCAUCCUUUUUGUCUUCUUUCAAAUAUUUGUUUAAGAAAAAAUGGCCGACACUUUCUCUCUCAUGAGUAUCUGAUAUCAAUUACAUUUUGUUUUCCGUCUUCUACACAGUUCUACACAGAAGUUGGACUUCUCAUGUUGGACUGCAGGCAUAAAAAAAAAAAAAUAUUAGCUUAGCAAGGUGUUGGAGCAUCACUCUGAGUUUAGUCCUCAGACAGGUUAUGUACUGUACAUAUUGUGUAACUGCAGUGAAGGAAAUGUUAUCGGACAAAGAUAUGGGUAACAUUGAGUCAACAUCCUUCUACAGUAACUGUAACGUUAUGGCAAUGUGGGGCUUUUUGGUCCUUGUUUCUGAGAAUCACUCUUACUGAUGUACAAAACAUUUAAAUUUAGUGUUUUCUUGAUGAAACAAAGAUCACAGGCAGAGCAUUAGGUAUUAAUAAAUUUAAUGUAUCUCAAAGUAAUCAUUGUAUUUUAUUGAAAUAAAUCAUCCAUAUGGAUUUGAUUUUA